CCUUUCAGUUUUUUUUUUAAUAAAAUGGAUGAAUUCCCACAUCCUUUAUUUUUUGAAGCCAGAGAUCUGAGCAAAAGAGAGAAAAGAAAGAUUCAUCUUUAUUUUCAAAAAAAGAGAGAUUCAGGAGGAGGAGACUGUGACGAGAUUGAGAAGAUUGGAGACAACACUUAUAGAAUCUGCUUCAAGGUGAAAGAAGAUCAGGAAAGGGUUUUGCAAAAGAAGUCUCACACCAUCUGUCUUCCUAAUGGAGAACUGCAUCUGACUGUGAGCAGCAGCAGCUCCUUAGAUCAGCAAUCGAUAAGCCACGGGCAGACAUUCACCAAAACAAACACAAAAGAACUUGAGAAGAUUUUCCAAAUUGAGACCUUCCUCUUGUUUUACCUGAGAGACUGCCCUCAAGCUUUGAAGUUCUUACAAAAGCAGCUCGAUGCAAUCCACUGUAGUCUGACGUUAGAUUUUGAUUCAGGGGAGGCAGUGGUGAAAGGGCAUGUUGAGAAGGAAUCAGGAGGAGCUUUCGGGGCUAUAGCUGAGAAAUGGGAGCACCAGGUUGACAAGAUCUUCAUCGAUCUCAUUGAGAAAUAUACUUGCCAUCAUGUGCUUGAGCCUAAACUGCUCAAGAAGGUGCAGCAGGAUCUCAGCAAUGUGGAUGAUGAUAUAAAAGUUUACCCUCAGACAGGUUAUGUUGUGGUGGUUGGAGAAACUGUUGUGGUGAAGGAGAAGGUUUCAGUUCUAGAGAAGUGUCUUCCAUCCACCAUGGAGCUGCCAAUCACGGAGAAACACCUCAAGCUGAUAGAAGAAGAGUUCAGAAGAGAAAUGCAAGCUGAUUCUCCUGAAGUUAAAAUCACCACACGUACCAACAUGGUAAUCUUGGAAGGCACUGAUGAGAAAGUAAAGUCAGGAGCUGCAAAGCUAGACGAGCUGGUCAAAAAGAUCAAAGUGAAGAGAGUUCAGCUCUCUCCGUGUUUGUCUGCCUUCAUGAAAACCAGCAACGCCCUCUCCAAGUAUGAAGCUCGAUUUCAGCAGAUUUUUAGAAGUCCUGUGUCCCUGGAGGUGGAUUCAGACCUGCAUAUGUCCAGUUUGUCCUCUGUUUCCCUGGAGGAGGCAGAGGCAACACUGCGGAGAGACAUUGUUGUGAUCAGUGUUCAGCUGCAGGGGGCAGCCACGAUCCCUCCAGAGCUGAGAGCAAUCCUCAACAAGGCCAGAGAUGAGGUCAACUCUGUGGGUCUCCAAGUGGAGGUCAUCUUCAUCCCAGGUGUCAAUGAAACCACCGUGCAGCUAGUUGGCUACUCACCAGAGGUCACCAAACUUAAAGAGUUACUUCAUGAUUAUCAGUUGAAUCAAGCUCCAACUGAAGAGAUGAUCAAACUGCCAGAUCCAGAACUUGUGGAAUGCUUUGAUGAAAUGUUGAACAGGCUUGGAGUGAAUAUAACUAGUGUCACACUACAGACCUCACAUGUCCCAUAUCCAUGUGUGAUUCUGUCUGGUCCCAGGGGUCAGGUUAAGGACGUACAUAAGAAUCUUCAGCCUGUUUUAGCCAACCUAACAGUAGACUCUUUGGUCUUAAAUGGGCCAGGGGCUCUGCGAUACUUCCAGGGAGUUGGAAAAGUUAGCAAAGAUUUGGUUGAGACUUCCCAUAAGGUCAUUAUCAGGGAGCAGCAAGGAGUCCCAAAUAUAUACGCCCAACAGCAAGACAGCAUCACAUACGUGACAUCGCUCAGACCAUCCAUUAACAGACAACGCAGGAGCUCAGUUGGAAGUCCAACAGUCAGCCAAAUAAAUCUAAGGAUCAGGCUUUGCCGUCUAGAGGAUGAACAGGUGAAUAUUUUUGUGGCUCCCGUUGUUAAGAAUCAGCUUAACUCCAACAAUAUUAGUAAAUCCUUGCUAAGAAAAGGGGGCAGCAUUCUCCAGUCUCAGUUUGAAGCAACAGCAGCAAACCGUGUCCACCCUGGAGAAGUUCUUCAGGUCCCUGGACCUCCAUCUCUGGGAUGCUCCAAGAUCUUCUUCAUAGAAUGCUCGCCUUGGGAUGGUGUUGGAGGACAGAGUGCUCAGGCUCUAAGAAAAGGCCUGCAGACAUGUUUGGACCUCUGUGUACAGCAGGGCUAUAGCUCAGUGGCCAUACCGAUCAUUGGACACGGAGUUGUUCUGAAGUACUCUCUAAUAGAAGCUAUUAAAGUGCUGACAGAGAAGAUUACUGAGUUUGGAUCAUCUGCAACUUCCGGGUCUCUCUCCGACAUCAAUAUUGUGAUCCAUCCUGAUUAUUCGGACUCUGAGAAGGUUUGCAUUUAG